GGCCACGGUGCCCGCGUGUGUGUGGCGGGGUAGCCGCUGCUCCGCGCCCUGCCUGGGCAUGGCUCAGCCCUCGGGAUCCCGGCGGAGCCGGCGGACAGGAAGCUUUAAAUUAUUCAGGCCAACGAAAUAGGCACGUGGGAGAUUUGUAGGCGGUCAACAUCGUGAUCAUCAUCAACAACAAUACAGUAGGGGCGUCCAGGAGGACGGUGUGGGAUGAGAACUAUUUUCUUUGAGAGGCUAGUAUCACACGCUGGUGCAGGUAGCUUUUGUUAUCAUUGCUGCUAUCAUUGCUGCUGUUUAACUCUCGCGAAAGGAAAGCUAGCAAUAUCCUAAAAUUAGAGAGGAUUUUUCAUUUUUUUCUUAAUAGAGAUGCAUUUUGCCACAUCUCUGUCAAAGAACGGCGCAUUAGCUUUAGUUCAAAUUAAAAAAGGAAGUUUGAUUCCAGCUGUAGAACUGUAAGGUAGUGUGUCCUGGCUUUCCUCCUCCUAAUUUAGGUACAGCUAGCUGUCUGUGCCAUUGCUGAAGUGAACCACUCAGAUUAAAAAGCACCUCGUUAUAAAUGAGGAGCUAGUACAAAGUUCUUCAUAAAAAUAUUUUAUCACCUGACACUUACCUGAGAGCAGCUACUUGUAUCUGCUGCUAUUUUUGUAUCCUCUUAAUCCUUCCCAGCACUGGAAAAUACGUUAUUGCCUCAAAAAUGAAUUCUUUGUCCUGCAAUAUGCACUAUUUACAACUAUUAAACUGGGAUUGCAAGGGGUGAUUUUUUUUCCCUAAUUAUUUAGCUAUAAUAUCUGGCUAGGUUAUAGCCAGCUUUGUUUUACGAGGUUUCUCCAGCUGAAGAGGGAAAGGCUGGCACUGAUGCGUUGCUUUUUGUGAAUGGAUAGCAUGUCUAUUCUGACAUGAUUUGAAAGCAAGAACCCAAUAAACACAUGGCCAUUAUGCACGGAAAUCUCACAGCAGAGCUUUCUGGUUGAACUUAACUGUUUUGAUUGAGGGUUACACUAUAAGGAAUACAAGACUUAAAAGCUGCAAGCAUCUUUUGUAAACAGAUGGACAUUUGAGACGUAUUGACUGUUUCGAGUUAAUUCAGUUAACAUGGGUGCACAUGCAUUUAAUUUAGCAUAGGAUAAGUUUUUGUAAGCGUUGGAAGCUAAUGCAUACUUUUUAGAAAGAAAAUAAAAGCAUGUGAUUUUUAUCUAUACAUGUUAGAGCUCCAGCUGUACAGGUUCUUAUGGACUGUCAUCAUCCUGUUGUUGUGGUCUCGUAAUAGCAGGUGAGAGUUAAUAGAGAGCUUACUGUUUUUCACUUAAGUGUGCAGGUAGCUUGCUAAUUCAUUUUGAAAUUAUAAGGUACCCUUCUGAGGUGUCUGAGCUGAGAGAAUAUAAGAGUGCUUAAACAUACAUCUUGCUGCACCUUUAUCUGACGUGCUGCUUGACAAAACCAGUGAGGUUGAAGAACAUCAUUAAACUGUCAGAUGCAUUGUUUACAAUGGGAUAGCUCCUCAGUGUUCAAGAUGAAGAAACAGUGUUUUUCUGUUACUCAUCACAAAAACGUACCGCUGCGUUCCAGGAAGGUUUGUAAGUGGCGUAGCUAACUAUCGCUGCAUAAAGCAAGUGAGGAGAUUGAGACUUGGCAUCUCUGACAGUGCUGCUGUAAUGCAACGUGUGUACAGGAGCUUCGUUUCUGCCUGCAGUUCAUACUUACCCUGAUAUAAAACACUGUGAUGUUGGUAUAUGGAUACACCAAAAAAUAGAGCUUUUGUUGAAAAAUAAGAAUUCCGGCAUUUAGGAGAAAGUAAAUGAACAGUCUUUCUAAAAAUACAACAGUAUGCUAAAAUAUUGCCAAAGCGCUGCUAUGACGCUGUUGUAAGCUGUCAUAUUUUUUGACCAUUAUAAAUAGAUUAGUAUUAUUAUUAUAAGGAUUUUUUUCCUAUUAGCGAAUAAGUUUUUCUCCCUGUUUUCUACAUAAGGAUCCUAGCACGUCCCCUGAAGGGGCAGAGCCGUGCUCGCACUGAAGGCAAUGAGACCAUUGCUGGUGAGGAAGCGGGUAACUGGGCCUUAUACCCUGGGAGUGGCCCGCGUAAAGCCUUAAAGGCUUCUGUACUCUAAACUCGCUUUUCUUAAUAAUCUGUUUUAUUUAUAUUCUCAGUUUCUUCAACACAUUAGAGAUGGUUCAGUUCAUCACUCAUGAUGUAUUUUUAUGUAGUCAGAUUUGGAUCCAAAUUUGGCUUAGCAUACGAAUUGAAGCCUUAAACAAGAAUGGCAUUGAAGUGUUGGGGGCUUUGGGGAGAUUUCUUUCUUUUUCAGUCCCAAUUUCCUUUCAGAUUUGUGACCAGGCUGUAGGACUAGGAGAAUUUGAAGACAGAUCUGUGAAACUUAAUAACAGAUAAGAACAUUCAGGUCAAGACCAAACCAGUAGAUUCACAUCUUUCUGCUAGUUGUGCUGUAGUCACACCUUCUUGAGAGCGGAGGCUGCAGGUAAAGUAGAUUUCUUAUGACUUGUGUUCUGUUUGCUAAAGCAGCUGGAGUCCAUGUGCCUCUUGCUCCGCUGAUGGACAUCCUAGGUGAGUGUAAGAUGAUCGUUCUUGCAGUACCUUUUCCCACGUCUCUGGGCUCUUCAGGCAUGAGAUGAACACGCACAGGCACAUAUACGGUACAUUAUGUAUACGUAAAGCGUGUUAUCUGAACCAGUUUUUGUUCCUUACAGAGCAUACAUCCUUUAUAGUUGCACAUGUUUCUAGGUGAGGAGACCCUAUGCUUCAUGACAGUUUGAGGAGGUUCUCCCCUAAUAUUUCUGACAGCUUUAUUUUCUGUCUUCUCUAGCCUCUCUCUUUUCGUUUGAGCUGCAAGUGUAGAUUGAAACUCGGGUAAUACACAGGAGGAUCCUUUAAUAUUGGCUAUUUUCAGAGGCACAAAGGACAAUUACUUUCUCUUCUUACUAACCUCCUGCUGGCUUACUAGCUUCUUGGGAAGCUGGUGAUUUUAAGAAUGCCACUUUACCCAGUGCAUCAAAUAUGGAGCAAAUCUUUGCUCACCAAGAUCCCAGUCCCUACACCCCGUGGUAACACCAAAAAUUGAACUUGAGUGGCCCAGAGCGCCAGCUCCUACUGUGAUGACUCAUACAACCUUCAGCACUUUUUAGAGUUAAAUUUGAUACAUUGGCCCUGAGCAGUGCUGACAAUUGGCAGCUAAAAGACCCUUCAGUGAAUUGUCCUUUAACAGAAGUUGGUUGUUUUUUGCUUUUUUUUAUUUUUAUUUUUAUUCCCCAUUUCCUGUUGUUCUUUUAAAUAAAAAGAAAUCCUGGUGACAAAGCUAAAGUGUAUUCUGUGAUUAUUGUUUAAAGAAAGAGUAUUUACCUGUAUUUCAAGGAAAUUAGUUGUCUGGAAAUUGCAGGUCAAAGUUGUUUUAUGAGGAUAGUAUACUUCACUACUGUAAAAUCUCCUCAAGAAGAAAAUCUCACACUAUUUAAAUUAUAUAUUCUCGUACAAGUAUUUGAUCCUUUGAAUGGUUAUAGUUAAAAUACACUGGAAAGUCUGUAUUGUAUUAAUAAUGUACCAGUCUGAUAAAGGACACUGAACAUAUAAACCCAUCUUUUUUUUUUGUGAGCAUGUCCUGAGAGAAACUGGGCAGGCUCAAGUGGCCAGUGCAAUUUUAUGAAAUUUUGUGCCUUCUGCAAGGGUUUACAGAACACAAUCCAAAUAAAAAUUCAUCCCAUAGAUGAGUGAUUUCUCUUGUAGUCUCCUGGUCCCUGGCAGGGUUGUCCGUGUUUGACUUGAAAUGAAUCCAAAGGGUCUUGGGAAAGUCAAUGUCUUGUUCAGUGGGCUUAGGUUUGCUAUGUAGGGUUCUCGCCUUUGCUAGUCAAAGCCUAGGGAGAUGUUUAAGGUACACUGGAGUUUUAGUAAAAUUGUCUUUAAGGUCUUGCUCUCAGUGGCAGGGAUUUUAAUGUAUUUAAUUUAAAACCAGAUUUUCAGCACUGGCUUUUGGCUUAGGCAGGGUAAAAGGUUGGCUAGGACAGCAAAGAACUGGUGGGACAGCAAGAAGUUGCCCACUCAUAGCUGGGCAAUAAGGGCUCCUCCUGCUCUAAAAAGUUGGUUUGAGGAGAGGGGACAAAAUUCAGUUAAGCUUGCCCUGCUCAGAAGCAGUGAGCUGGCUCUGAAGCAGAUGUAAAUAUGGUUUGCACUGUAGUUUCAGGAGGGGAUAUGUGAAUACAACAGGUUUAUUUCAACUGAGUGCCAUGCUGUGUUUUGUAGCAGUCAGUCUGAAGAUGCUUAAUUAAAAUGGUUCAAUUUCUAAACUAGGAUUAUGGAGCAUACCUUUUACACUGUUACAAAAUCCUUAUGUAUGAGUAGACUUUCAGUGUAAUGAAAAGGGCUGGGGGACACAGUCGUAAUCCACAGCUAACCAAUUAAAUGUUUACUUAAUAAGGAUCUAACAGUUAAUUUUACAGCCCAUUUUUUAAAAAAAAAGCAAAAUAUCUGUUAUAUGGCUAAGUCAGUGCCUUUGGUCAGUGAAGGGAAGAGUUGCUUUUCUCAGCUGGGAACACCAUUUGAGUGUCACAACCAACCUCCUAGCCGGAGGUUAGUCCGAGUGCGCCAGGUUUAAACUGAGGAAAAUUACAGAAACCGUUAGAGAAGAAAAUAAGAAAAUAAAUGUUUUUCAAGUGAUUUCAGAGCAGACAAUUAAAUGCAGAUACUGACUUCAGUAUUAGAGAAUUCUUUGCAAACACAGAGGAAGUACCUGUUCUGUAACAGUGAUUCAUCUGCCAAAUCACACUCCGGCAGAGCCUCUCCUUCUCCACUGACUCUGGAAGGAGCCUGGGGACAUGGAGGUUCCCAGGCAAAUGCAGCCGUCGUGGCUUUUCGUGUGCUGUCCUUGCCUGUGCAUCCAGGAGCUUACAGCUGUGUUUUCACCGAAAUGAGAUUGCUCCUUAUGCCGUGGUAUUAAAGAUCCUCCUUCUUGUGCUAGAAUAUAGGCAAAUGCAUAAAUAAUAACAAGAAAUGCAAUAUAUGUGUCAAUUACACUUCUGUUUAAUAAUGAAUUGAGCACAUCUGCUGCAAAGGGUAUGCAAAAUAUAUAAGAAGCGUAUUCAGUCACAGCAAAGUGAAUGUGUUAAUGCAAUAUUCUGCUUUACAAAUUCACAUCUGGAAGAAGAGCAUUUUCAGUAGGAGAUACUGUGCUCUUUGCUGUGCUUCAGUUUGAUUUUAUAUUUGUAAUCGUAUGCAGGUGGCCACCAAAAGCAGGACAGACUGGUUCUCAGAAAACUAAAUGAUUUGUUCCAAUUUGUGGGAACACGAGUUUGUUUAGUGGCACCACGGUGGAUUAAAUGCAUUGUGGUUGAGAUUAACAAGUGUAGGACUAUUAAUUAGUUCAGGUUUUCAAGUCAUGCGUAGAUUCCUUGAUCAGUACGCAUACGCGUAGAGUGAGAUUUUUAAUUUUUGCUGAAACUUGUUCCUGCCAUCGGUUUUGUGCCUCCUGCCAAUAGUCAGAAAAGACAGAGCUGGAGUAGAAAUACCGAAGUAAUUGUCACUUCUGUAAAACAGUUUAAUUGAAACGUGAAAUUGUAUAUGAUGAGGCAUUCCUAUAAACAGGGUUUGCCGUAGGUAAGUAGCAGUUUGCAUGGGAUGAUGGAAGUUUUGUGGCUGUAGAGGAAUAAUAUUAAUUCUCAUGAGAGAUUACAAAUGAGUAAAUGCUGAUGAGUAUGUACAAAUACCUAUGUGUGAAUUUAGUGCUUCUGAAAGGCAAUUGACAAUUCUGGGAACCAAAGGCCUCCUUCUGACAGGAAGGUGCCGUAGAGGAAAGCAGCCCCAUAAAAAUACGUGCAAUGUAUCCCAGGGUGAGGAGGGGAGUCAGGUCUGCACCCAUUCGGGGCCCGCUCAGUCAAGCACUUGCGAGUGUCAUUCUGUAAGCACACGUGUAGUGGGUUACUGACAGAGUUUAAAUGUGUGCUUGGGAACUUUAUGUGGAUGCCUACUUGCUCCCCCUGUUGCAAAAUGCCAUUAGACCAGUAUCUUGCUUUAUAUAAGAUGUUAUCUUUGAAUGACAGCAAUAUGAGUGUUUUUUUGAGGAGUGAUGUGGGGGGAGGGAAGUAAGACAGAGUCUUCCACGUUUUACUACGUGUCCUGCUGUUCUUUUAAUAACUAAUGCAUUGUGUUGGUACAGAAAGUGGCUCCUAGUGAGAAGUAACAAGAUGAAAUGGGGUAGAAAAUGGAGAAACCAAGAAAUACUAAUCCUUAAAGGUGUAUUGGAGGUAAAGGUGUGAGUACAGCAGCAUGAAUAACAGCGGCAGUUCUGUACCCAAGCAUCUCUGCAAUGCACACAAGUAUAGCAUAAAGAAGUAGCACUAAGAUGCUCCAUGGAAGAAAAAUACUGUUGCACAAUAGUGUAAAGUUUUAAGAAUGCAAGAUUUUUCUUCUUGCUUUGCUUACUUUUAAAUUCCAUGUUUUUAUGCACAAGAAGAAAAACAAUAUUUACUUAUAUAACCAUACAACUCUUUAUUUUUAUCUCAGCACCAUGAAUUUUGCUCCUUCUAAGCCUAAGAUGCUUAGAAAUGUUUCUGUGUCUUCACUAUAUGUUUGUUAUUAAGUCAGAAUAUGGCAUGUAAGUUGUAGAGGUGUGAUUUAUGGCCCUGAUUAAGAACAAUAUUUGAGUAUAGGCUUAAAUUUAGGAAUGUGGCUUAGUUAAUUUAAAUUCAGCAAAAUGUGAGUGCUUCCAUCGGUGCAGCGUUCAGUUGGAAAAGUGAAAUUUCAGUGCAUCCAAGGUCCCAUUUUUGAAGGUAGUGCAGACAGUACCCUGUUUACCUUCAGGGUGAUUUAGGUGCCUAAGUCACUCUAGUGAAGGGAAAAAAGAAAAAAUAAGUUGUUUUCCUAAGUUACCUGUGUUGUUAAAUGUUACUUGUCUGUUUUGAAACCCUGCAGGGAAUGUAUAAAGUGUAUGUGAGAGCUGUCUUCUAGGAGCUCCAGAGACUGCAGAAUUUACAUGGAUUCCAGUUCUAAGGAAUGAUAUUGAAACCAUUCAAAUGGUUAAUAGCAGGAGAGAUUGGCUUCUCUAAGUCCUUGUAUAGUUUGUUUUUUUUGCUUCUUUCAUAGCACCAGGGCUGUUGGUCAAGUUGAACCUCCAGUUGGUAAUCUGGUGUGGCCACCCUCAAGGGGCAGGACCAGUGCCAGCAGUAGAUCCAGUAAGUGGCUUUGUCUAAUUGAGGCAUUAAAACCUUCAUGGAUGGAGGUGCUACAACCUUUCCAGGCAGCUUUUAGUUUGUUUUGGUGUGUUGUCUUUCUCUGAUUAUCUUUCAGUUUGUGUUAUGUUGCUGUUACUUACAUCUGUGCUCAUUUCAUGAUACUUUCUGGUCUCUCCCCCCCACCCCGCCCCGGUUUGAUAUACUAGAUCAAUAAUGUGAAGAAGGAUAGGAUCUUUGUUUGCAAAUUACAUACAAAGUGAAGCUUUAACCUAGUGAAGCUGACCCUUCCUGGCUCCCUCUGUCAAUAGAGAGAGGUAGGCUCCUGCAGAAAGUAUUGAAGAGAAAGAACUUCCAUCUCACAGUUACCUGUGUGAGACUGGAGCUCAAGGCAUGGGAGUUAAAUAUGAUGGGCCAGGUUUUGUACCCGCUGCUGUCAGGGAGGACUUUAUUAUUUGCUUUAGUUUGUUGAUGCUAAAACCUGAGGUGGUGAGCCUUUGGAAGCUGUCACCACUUGAGUGUGCAUCCACAUGGGAUUUCCAGAACUGUGGAAGGAAGUUCAACAGUGAGUGUCCGAUGGGCUCACGAACACAGUUGUUCCAAAAAUCAGCUGCUUAAAAAAAAAAAAAAAACAACAAACCCAAAACCAACCCUUUCAGAAAAUCUGAGGGGAACACUGGGAGUUUUGCUGUUAAUUUCCUAUAUUUAGUGGGACAAGAUUUUGCCCUCUUUCUGCUGUUCAGAAAGUGUGGAGUCUUUUCAGUGCCUUAAUAGGUUUUGGUUCAGCCCCUUGUACAGCUUCCCGUGUAGAGCUUUUGUUUGUUUGUUACAGCUCGAGCUUUGCAGAGAAACGAGUACGGUGUUUCUGUGGAGCUAUGGACCUCUAUUUAUUGACUCAAAGAAACAGUUUAAAGAAAAUGGGGAUGUGCUUGUGGGGGGCAAAUGAAAGUAUAUUGUUUUUCAUAAAGUGUCACCUGCAAUGUGCUUUUAAAUAAACCCCUAUAUAACCAUGUAUGGGGUUUUUUCACUUGAAAGACAGUAUCUCCUUCUUCUAAACAUUUGCACAGCAAAGUAAUGCAUUAUUGCAUUUUCAUAAAUAAUUGAAAAGCAACUUAAAAGAAAGUAGGCCAACAGAAAAAAAAAAAAAAGAAAGUGUCAGUUUCAAAUUUGAGAGAAGAAAAAUAUGUUUCUUUCUUGAUAGCAAGUCAGUUAAAUGUUAUUAAAUCCCAUUCUCCCACCCCAACAUGACCAAAGAGAAAUCUGACAAUUGACAGUUUCAUUUAAAAGAGAGAGAAAUGGGGAAAAAGGUUUUGGAAUGAUGAGUCUGUUUGUUGUGGUUGUUUUUUUUUUUUUUUUUUUAAAUCCCCUUGAUAAGAAAGGGAUUGUGACCCCUUAUCAGUUUGCAAGUGACUGAGGAGCAAGUCUCUGGAGGUCUGCGUGUUGGUUUUUCAGUGCCGUUCUCCGUGCUGGGCUGUAAUAAUGCAAGCUAUUUUAGAACUGUGCAUACGUUAGUGUUCUGGCGCGGCAUGAUACAAUAAUGUGUGAAAAAGCAUAAGAUCACACCUUGGUGAAACUUGCAGAUUUCCUGCAUAAUCCGACAGUGAGCUCUUGUCAGGUUUUGACUAUAUGUAAAGUGAGAAUAAAGUUUCCAGAAGUAAAGCGCAAGCCUUGGAUGCAUUUUGAAUGGCUGUGCAGGGAUUUUGGCCCCAAUGUGGUUACCAGCGUGCCUGACUUUAAGCACGUUAGUCCCACCAUAGCCAGCGGGCCUCCUUCAGUGCUUGAAAUCUGGCACACGUCUUAAGCCCUUUGCUAAACUGGAGCUUUAUUUUUUGCUAGUGCUGAGAAAUAUCGAAGAACCAGCGUAAAUAAUUUCUUAUAAAAUAAGUAACACAAACAGUUUUCAUGUGACGAACCAGGUGUCACCUCUGGGAAUGGUUCAUGGCCACGGGUCUCUUUGCAGGGCUGCUGGGACGUUGGUGCGGAGCUGGUGUGUCUGAGAGAGGAUGGGUGGGCUGGAAGCAAAAACAUUUGGUUACAAAUGCUCUCCAUGCAGGAUGAAGACAAGGGGCGUUACUCCAGCAGAGGCUUUGCAUGGGCUCUGGCCACCCAUUUGUGCUGGGCCAGAAGUUACAGGGAAGUUGUGGAAAUUGCUGGGUGAGGUUCCUAUGUUGGGCAGGAGGAGGCCUGACUGGCAGGUCCUAAUGGUCCCUUCUGGCCUGGAGAUUAAGCAAUCAGUGAUUGCUGGUAUUAAGGUGUUGCUGCAUGAUGUUUUAACAUAGAUUUAACUCCAAGAGUGGACCCUCUUCAGGUGAGGCCCAGUGGGUGGAAGCUUCAUGCAACCUAUCUGUCCUUCAGAAGAAAAAAUGUUAGCAUGUGCCUUCUCCCCCGCUUUCCUUCUAGAUUUACUCCAUCUCCUUUUCUUUUUUGUAACCCGUGCGGCUGUAUUUUAAGUCACUGCCCACCAUUUCCAAAAUGUGUGAUACAUUUGUUAAGGAUUUGGAAUUUGGGAUACUUUGAUAUAACUUUGUGUAGGUUUUAGAGAAACACCUGACGCGUAUGUUUAGUUCCUAAACACCUUCUGUGCUUGAUUUAUCCUCACAGGUUGUCAAGGUAUGCAGAUGACCUGAAACUGAGGAAGUGAGAGGGAGCUCAGCUGGCAAAAGUCUGACAUCAAGUCUGACUGUGGCUCAAAUUUGUUUUGCAGAGUUGAGCCCAGGCUGCGUAGGUGGUGAAGAAAGCCUUCUUCACCUCACCAUUGUAUCCAAAAAGCUCUGAGCAGCAUAAUUUUUUGCAGAUGAUGAAUAACCUAGUUAGCUCACAUCGUUUCAGUCCAGUGACACUGCUCCUCUGAGAAGGCAUAGUGGUAAUUUGCAAUAGGAUAGUCACAUUCAGGCUCAGUGGUGGAGAUGCUCUGGUGGGUCUUUGGUAGGUUUUCUCAUCCAGAGAAACCAUUCUGCCAGCCAUCUACCAUGGACCACCACGCACUAGUUAUGUCUUUACAUUAGACACUACUGUUUAAUAUGGCUCUGCAGGUUGGCUUCUAGUGAAGCAAGCUCAAAACUUUUGACCUUGCUGGGGAUCUUCAAGGUCCUGUGGCAACUGUGAUCACCAGAGGCAUGCAGAUUAAAUACAUGGAGGAUGCUCAUAAAGUGGUGUCAUUUUCUGUUGCCACAGAAUUUUCCUUCCCUUUGAUUGUCCAGAUCAGUGUCUCUUAAGAUGUAAGGCCAGGCCUGUCUGUCUUGGGAGAUUUCUUGUAUAGGUUGAAGGAAGGCUUUCUGAGCUGAAGACAGAAUUACUUGGUUGACACAGAACAGUGUGCAUCAUUAUUUGUGUUAUUACUGUUGUACUUUUUUUGUAAGAAUAGCAUAUUGAUGACUACGCGUUAAAACUCUUUUAGUGGCUUGUUUUCUUUCCGAAAAAGGAAGAAAGCUACAUUCUUUCUAAGAAAAACACGGAAUUACAUUGGAACAAGUACUAGUGUUGUGUUCAUACAUGAUCAAAUUCAGGAAGAUUAGGGCACUGUGUAUAUAAAUUGCCUUCAUGUUCGUUGGGUUAGCAGCUGUCAAAUAAGUGAUUAUAGAUGUUGGCAAAGCUUUUCUUUCCAUAAUCGCUGUGAAACAGGGAUGGAAAUGUAACAGAUGCCAUUUAAUAUGGACCAGCACCUAGGUUCUGGUUUUGGGUCUGGCUCUUUAUUGCCUCGUGGCCAAAGUUUCUUAGCAUCUUUUUUGCUUUAAUUCCUCACUAACUAUAAAUGGAGAUAACAGUACUCCCUCACUUUGGAGGAGAUUUCUGAGGCUCUUUGUUAAAUCACUUGAGAUCCUUUAAUGAAAGAUACAAAAUAUAUGCAAUAGCAUUAAUGAUAAGAUUAAAUAGAAUAAUUCUGUUGAGAUUGAGUAAAUUAUUGCUCCUAGAUGAGCUUUGCUUUGCUGGGCAGCAUUAACCUUCUGCAGGAAAUAAUUUGGUCCGAGGCUGUGUUGGGGUUUCAUUUCCUGGGAUUUUUUUAUUUGUUAACUGACAAGGCUUUUUGAUACCAGGCACUACACUGAAGUCCUGUUGAAGAGCAAAUGAAGCAUUAUGAUGCUAUUUUUUGCAGCAUAGGAGUCUAUGGUGACUCAUUUAGUGUUCGUAGUGCCUGUGACAGAUUAAAAAAAAUCAAAUCAGUGACUCCCAGUGAGACGGAUACAUUCAGCCAGACCCUGUUUGAGAAUUAUUUGCUGCACUGUUAAGACCGAAGUACACAUAUUUCCCCUUCCCCCCGAAAGAAUCCAGCUUAUCAUGAAAUGUUUAUCAGAGCCAUAUAAACAUUUCUCGACUGCUGAAUUUUCAAGGGAAAUUCUUUUGGUCCAACAUAUGUAUUGCAAGCAAAACUCUUCACAGAUUAAAAAAAUAUAUAAUUAGCUUGGUUACAGCCCUGCUUAUUACCAAGAAUGCCAGCAUCUGGCAAGGGUACGGUGAUCUGGGAAUUCACAGCUUGAAGCCGUGGAACAAAGUGUUCUGAUCCGACCCCAGGCAGCGAGUCCAGGACUUGAACUGGAAUCUUCAGGAGCAGAGAAGUCUUAAGUGUCUGGAAAACUGGCCUGUUGAGUCACCACGCAGGCACUAAAACAAAACUAAUUUUAAGCAGGUCAGAGUUCAGUGAUUCCCUCUGGAAUCUAUUUUUUUUUUUUCCUUAAAAAAAAAGUCUCAUGUUUUAAGUGAAAAGGGUCAAAGUUGAUGCACUGCACUGCUACGAUUUUUGAAUGCUUUCCCUCAAGAACAGCCACCCAGGCUAGGAUUAGCAUGAAGGGCUUCUAGGCUGGCACUUCAGUGUCUGGGUUAAAAAUAUUUUAAAGCAGUAAAUGCAGUCAGAACGGAGAGAGAGAUCCCUGGGAGCCUUCCUAUUCAAAAAUGUGCAAGCUUAGGGCAGCAACUGCAAUGUAAUUCAGGGCAGUAUAUGCUUCAUAGCUUUGGAGAGUAUUGCCUGUUGUUAAUGUUACAUUGGAGGACAGUAGGAUAGUAGUAAUUUUAGAAAGGUGGUAUUCCUGUUUGGUUUACAUUGGCAACUUCCAGAUAAAUAAAAAGAAGCAUCAAUUGAGGAAGAAAUGUAACUGCCGGAACCCAGCAAUGAAUCCACCUCUGAGCAGAUUGUAGAAACGACAGGGGAAAGCGAGUAUAGAAACGUUUUCCUGGGAAUGCAGCUGCAAAAGGAACUUAGCAGACAAACGCAAAAUCAGCCUUCCUCUUGCUGAUGACUGGGUUCCUGUUUGAUUCUGUUUACAAGCUUCCGAAGACUGAAAAUAACCCCAACUCCUCUGUUAUUGGUUUUCAUCGAUGGAAGUGAGGAAGAGGUGUGGAAGGCGUUAGAGAGCCAGAGCUGGUGUAACUUAGGAGUGUUGGAAACAGAAGAAAAUAAAAAGAAAAGAAGUUUAGCAUUUAAACUGGGAGACUUAUCAGGGGGACUAAUUCUGCAAGUGUCUCGGGGUUCUGUGGCUCUGGUUGCAGCUGAACCGCAGGUCAGAACCUCAGGAGGGACCCCGUCCUCAGGCAACACAGUGUCCAGUAUAUUCACUGACAUGUCUGGCCUCUGGAUCAGGACCUAAGCCUAUUGCUGAUUUCAGGGACAGCAGGUGUGUAAGAAGCCCCUUGGAAAGAAGAGCAAGUGUGGUUUGUGACAGAAUUGAGUGGAGAUGAUCCCAAGCUGAAAGUCAAAAAAAAGGAUCUUCUUUCAAGUUCAUUGAGUGACUUGCAGUUUUAUUCCAGCGCCUAACACAGGAUGUCUUCCAAGCGACCAGCCUCUCCGUAUGGGGAAGCAGAUGGAGAGGUAGCCAUGGUGACAAGCAGACAGAAAGUGGGAGAAGAGGAGAGUGACGGGCUCCCAGCCUUUCACCUUCCCUUGCAUGUGAGUUUUCCCAACAAGCCUCACUCUGAGGAAUUUCAGCCAGUUUCUCUGCUGACGCAAGAGAACUGUGACCAUAGGACUCCCACUUCUCAGCACAACACAAUGGAAGUUGAUGGCAAUAAAGUGAUGUCUUCAUUUGCCCCGCACAACUCAUCUACCUCACCCUUGAAGGCAGAAGAAGGUGGGCGUCAGAGUGGAGAAUCAUUGUCCAGCACAGCCCUGGGAACCCCGGAAAGGCGCAAAGGGAGCCUAGCAGAUGUUGUAGAUACCCUUAAGCAAAGAAAAAUGGAAGAGCUCAUCAAAAAUGAGCCAGAAGAAACCCCCAGUAUUGAAAAGCUACUAUCAAAGGACUGGAAAGACAAGCUUCUUGCCAUGGGAUCAGGGAACUUUGGAGAAAUAAAAGGGACCCCAGAAAGCCUCGCUGAGAAAGAAAGGCAGCUCAUGGGUAUGAUCAAUCAGCUGACCAGUUUGCGAGAACAGCUGCUAGCAGCUCAUGAUGAACAGAAGAAACUGGCUGCAUCACAGAUCGAGAAACAACGCCAACAAAUGGAGCUGGCUAAGCAGCAACAAGAACAGAUUGCAAGACAACAGCAGCAGCUCCUGCAGCAGCAACACAAAAUUAACCUUCUUCAGCAACAGAUCCAGCAGGUCCAGGGUCAGCUGCCUCCAUUAAUGAUUCCCGUAUUCCCUCCAGACCAACGAACCCUAGCAGCAGCUGCACAGCAAGGAUUCCUUCUUCCUCCUGGUUUCAGCUACAAAGCGGGAUGCAGUGACCCUUACCCCGUUCAGCUGAUCCCAACUACCAUGGCAGCUGCUGCCGCAGCAACACCAGGCUUAGGCCCACUCCAACUGCAGCAGUUGUAUGCUGCCCAACUUGCUGCGAUGCAAGUGUCUCCGGGAGGGAAGAUACCUGGCAUACCCCAGGGUAACCUUGGUGCUGCUGUAUCCCCUACCAGCAUCCACACAGACAAGAGCACAAACAGCCCUCCACCCAAAAGCAAGGAUGAAGUAGCCCAGCCUCUGAACCUUUCAGCCAAACCCAAGACAUCUGAUGGCAAGUCUCCCACAUCACCCACCUCUCCUCAUAUGCCAACUCUGAGAAUAAAUAGUGGGGCCGGUUCACUAAAAUCCUCUGUUCCAGCAACAUUAGCUAGUCCUUCGACCAGAGCUAACACAAUAGAUAUCCUUUCUUCUAUCACGUCGUCAGGUUAUUUAAAUGACCAUGAUGCUGUUACCAAGGCAAUCCAGGAAGCCCGGCAGAUGAAGGAGCAACUUCGGAGGGAGCAACAGGUGCUGGAUGGGAAGGUGGCUGUUGUGAAUAGCCUGGGUCUCAAUAACUGCAGGACAGAAAAGGACAAAACAACACUGGAGACCCUGACUCAGCAACUGGCAGUAAAACAGAGCGAAGACGGGAAGUUUAGCCACGCAAUAAUGGAUUUCAACAUGAGUGGAGAUUCUGACGGAAGCGCAGGAGUUUCAGAGUCUCGAAUUUAUCGGGAAUCCAGAGGACGUGGUAGCAAUGAGCCCCAUAUCAAGCGCCCAAUGAAUGCAUUCAUGGUGUGGGCUAAAGAUGAACGGAGGAAGAUCCUUCAAGCCUUUCCUGACAUGCACAACUCGAAUAUCAGCAAGAUACUAGGCUCUCGCUGGAAAGCUAUGACAAACCUAGAGAAGCAGCCAUACUAUGAGGAACAGGCCCGACUCAGCAAACAGCACCUGGAGAAAUACCCAGACUACAAAUACAAGCCAAGGCCGAAGCGUACCUGCCUUGUAGAUGGCAAAAAAUUACGCAUUGGCGAGUACAAGGCGAUCAUGCGCAACAGACGCCAGGAGAUGAGGCAGUAUUUUAAUGUUGGGCAACAAGCACAGAUUCCCAUUGCCACUGCGGGCGUAGUUUACCCAGGAGCCAUUGCCAUGGCAGGAAUGCCUUCCCCACAUCUGCCCUCCGAGCACUCGAGCGUGUCCAGCAGCCCGGAGCCCGGGAUGCCCGUCAUCCAGAGCACUUACGGCAUCAAAGGAGAGGAGCCUCAUAUCAAGGAGGAGAUGCAAACCGAUGACGUCAAUGGAGAAAUCUACGAUGAAUACGAUGAGGAAGACGAUGACCCUGAUGCGGACUAUGGCAGUGACAGUGAAAAUCACAUUGCAGGCCAAGCCAACUGAUCAGGGUCCAAAUAUCCCAUGACCUACAGGACUUCAAGGAGAAAAGAAAAAAUAAAUAAAGCUCCAUCUGGUUUAUCUUUGCCAGUGGCCAAGCACAUUAACUUUCUCAUACACUGACUGUUACUUUAACUGUUAGUCUUAACUAGUUGGGACAUCAGCUGACUAAUAGACAUCAGCCUGCAUCAGAAGAAAAAAGGCUCAGAAGAAAGGAAACAAAGACAACGACGACAACAACAACAGAAUGAUAUAAGCUAUGGGUAAAAUAAUGCCAGUAAUUCAGCUGCUAUACCCAAGCACUGAAGUCUUACCCGUCGACCUUUUAUUAUUAUUAUUUUUUUUUCAAAUAAACUUUAUGGCUGUUUGUUCUACAAUGUUCUAGAAAUUCUCACUCAGGUACACAGUGCCAACAAGUGGCUUGUGAAUGUGUUUUGUUGUUUUGUGCUACAGUUUAAAGAUAAAUAAUUUUUUUCUUUUUUUUUUUUGGUAAUGCACCUGACAGGAAAGAAAAAAGAUGAAAUUCCUUUUACCCCUUCUGUCUCCCCCUCCUCCUCCUCCCUGGCAAAUCUGGGUCAGAAGUGUGUGUGUGUGCGUGUGCCUGUGUGCGUGGCUGGCAAGGAAGGAAGUGGGGAGUCUGUUUCUGUUAACCCCAACAAGCAAUUAUUUCCUUUCAAGAGAGGACUUCUCUUCAUCAGUUGCACACCAUACUGAGUCUUUGAGCAAGUGCCAAAUUUGUACUAAAGCGCUGAACUAGUCCAAUUUGCUUUUUUUUUUUUGGUUGGUCUCUUCUUCUUGUUUUGUUUUCCUUUUGCUUUUCUUUUGCUUCCUGCUCUGUCUUAAGUUAGGACAGUGUCGUAUCUUAGACAAUCCCUUGAAGAACCUGAUAUACCAGCAGCUGGUGAGAUUAGACAUAUAUUUUUGGUUUUGCUUUUUAAAGGAAACUGUAGGUGCCGUUCUCAGGUGAAAAAAAGAGAGAGAGACAUAAAUUUAGAGAGAAAAUAUUUUAUGAUCUUGGAUUUUCAUGUGUGUGUGUUUAUGGUACUAAUACGAAAAAUAUUGGACUAUUGUGAGCAAAAAUCAUGUUCCAGAAUGAAGUCCCGCACCCUCCAAAUAACUUGGUCUGUAAGGAGCCUUUGCUUUUAAUUUGCACUUCAAGUGGCAGCAUAUACAGCUUAAAAAAUACUUGUCCAAAAUGUGACUUGUUCAGCACAGGACAGGACAACUGGAAGCGUUACCUCUUUGCUGAGCAUAGUUAGGUUACCGUGCUUUCCAGUUUUGAUGAACUCGUACCUUCAGGGUGGCUGAGUACUGAUUUCUGAUUCAAAAGGCAGUUUUUUUAAACUGACAUUUUUUAAUCCUUUGCACUUGCGGAAAUGCAUUUUAUUAGUGGGAUGUUUGUGUAAGAAGAAAGACUAAUAGCUGUGAAGAGAUUUCCAUAUUCAAAGUGGGCAUGUGAGAACCCGAACCAGUGCUGAGUUUCUCUAGCUGCUGCCUCUCACAGGUGAAAAAAAGUGGCUAAAAUAUUCUCAGUGUUGUUGCAGAGCCCUUAGAUAUGUUGCUGGGGCAAUUUUGCCUUCCUUGGGCAACAGCAACCAGAUGAGGAAGGUGGAUUUACACAAGCAUAAUCCUGAGCAGAGGUUGACCUCUCGUAUUUCUAAUAAGGUAACUGAAUGUUACAUGUCAUUUCAGAAAACCAGAAUGCAAAUACAAGUGAACCAAGGAGUCUCUUUCCAUCUCUUCACUCUGAUCUUCCUGUAGAAGGAGAGGACCCAGGUUUGUGUAGCAAGGCAGAAGCAUUAGAUCUAAACCAGCCAACCAGCACUAAAGGCUACCUCUCAUUUCAAACAGCAGCUAUCCAGGAGCUCCUCUCUGGCCUGGGAAGCCAAGUCCUGGGAUCAUACUGAGGCAAAACCCUUUCUCCAAGUUGACUUUGUGACUGAGGAUGCCACCUUCAUAUUCACGUCGCUCCCUGGUGAAUUCCUACUCCUAGAGAGAGACUCUUCGCCAUCGGUAUCACUUUUUACUUGUAAAAAUAGCCCUGUGCGUCUUAGUGCCAGUGAGAACCCAUCCCCAGGGUCCGCCAGAGCCAUGGUCUUCAGUACUUGGCAACACUGAUAUUGCAAAUGGUCACUUAAUCAGGCAAAUUUAGCUCAUGGUGCAAUCCGCCUUUGAAGUCCCGGUGCAGGAUGAAAGGGGCAGGUAGGAGGAGAGACUGGGAAGGAGGACGUGGCGGUGGGUCUGUCUUUGCCGCUUGAAAUCCCACUUGAAGUGUAACUUGACCCCUGCAGACCUUGUGCAAAGCAAACGAGCAAAUGCCGUGGAAGGCUUAGGACAAUACUCCAAUGAGCGGUUUGGACGUGUGAUAGUUUUACCCUGAAGCAUCUGUUUUGUUUUUCUCCUGAUUUCCCUUUUUUGAUUUCCACCUCUGCCUUGAAAAAUUCUUUUCGUUUUUCUCUCUCUCGGAAUUGCUCUCAAGUUAUGCUUGGAGUAGCUGAUCAUAUCCUCCAUGUCAGAGAGGGUUCUUUUUGUUUGUAUUUUAUGACUGUGUUGGGGUUUUGUUUUUUUUCAGUUGAACUGCCUCUUCUUGCUAGUGUUGUAAUGGUAAUAAUAAUAAUAAUAAUAAUAAUGGUCAGCUGUUCCCAGAUUAGUAAAUUAUGUAUAAUUUAUUUUAUCCCCCCCCUUUUUUAACUUUAUUUUAUUCUGUUCUAAUUUGGCAGUGCAGCGAAUGAAGCUGUUAGCUAUUUAAAAUGGAUACCCGCCCCCACCUUGCCUUUUUAUAUAUAUAUAAAUAUAUAUAUAUACAUAUAAAAACAAAUCGCUUCUUCUUCUGCUCACACCAUUCCUCUUUCUUUUAUUUUAAUUUUGGCCCCAGCCAUGUCAACUUCUGAUGUUUAUUAUGAUGGAGUGAAUUAAUGGGAGUGUUGUUUUCAAUCUUAAUUAACUUCUGCUCUCUCAUCACUCAUUUUAGUUAUUUAAUUACACCAGUCAUCUAGAGCCAAUUUUUUUGAAGCACUCUGUUUGGAUAAGAAGGAAAAAAAAAAUAGACAAUUGUUUUUAUAUCAUUAUUAUGUACAAUGUGAAAACAGAUAUUUGCUCCUUUUUUUUUUUUAACUUUUAAAUUUGUUCCCUGUCUUUGUGAACAAAUUACUUCUGACUCUUGUGGGUUCACCUCGCAUUUGCUGGAUGCUCGAUUUCCACCACGUUAUAGAGACUCUCUGGUUUAAUCGUGUCACUUUGGGCUACCAGAAAUACUUUGUUUUAGCUCCAGGUAGGUGCCACUGUGGCAGGCGCGAUUGGAGCAAGUCUUAGGUGCGUGGGCUGGAAAGCCGGCCGCAGGGAAGUCAAUGGGAAAAAAGACCCUUUGACUUCAGCGGGACCGAAUUUCAGCCCUGGACCAUGGGCUGCGUCACAGGAGAUGCUCCUGGAGGCAGCCCCGUCUCUGCGGGCAGGGUCAGUCCCGGGCCAGAGAAGCGAGCGCCCAGGCCAGGGCGGCAGGACCCAGCUCUGCUCUCAGCAAUGGGCUGCGCUUUGCUCACCGCCUCGGCCUGGGCAUAGGCUCAGAUUAACGCUGGUUUUGUUACCAGGCACAUUUCUGUCUGAGAGGCUAUGCUGGAGCCUGGGGUUCGGUCAGGCUUUCUGAAUGGGUAGCUUCAGCAGACUAUCCACGUCCUGCGUUGGGAUGUUCAAUAGAAAAAAGGCAAAAAAAACCACCACAUUUUUUUUUCUAAAAAAGGAUCAGGGGUCUGAAAACAGCAAAAUACUUAAUGACUGUGCUAGUGUUUCGUUGGGUCCAAGGAUGAGUGCCCAUAUAUCCUUUGGCGAUAGAAGACCAGAAUUGAAAAUGAGGCCCUGUUUGUCCCUCUUUAAUUUCUUUGGGGAAAAGAAAAAAAAAAAUUAAAAAGGACAAAACACAGCAAAACAUACAUUUAUAAAAAGAUCUUUCUGUCUUGUUUCUUUUUUUUUUUUUUUUUUUUUUCCUGGGUUCUGUGCCCUGGAGCGUGUAGAAAGACCAGGUUAGAAGAGAUUAGGAUUGCAUUAACCUAAAAGCGCAUCGAGGCCCUAGUGCUGAGACGGGCCUCAUUCCGCUCUUCCCUGGGAAGCUGGCGGCUGGCGAGCAAGGGUGGUCUUGGGGAGCUGCCGGGGGGCGUACAGGCCAUCUCCUCCUGCAUCGGGGGAGCCGCUUGUGUCUUGCGAACUUGCAAAAGAGCAACACCAGCAGUGGGGAAAAGGGGAAAAGAAAGAAGAAGAGAAAAAAAAAAAAACUGAGGCACUUGCUUCUAAGCUCAAUUAAAUAACACAGAGUAUAUCCUUUUUCAAUUUAUUCAUGCCUUAUAUUAGUAAAAUAGGAUUUUUAAGUGCAUUUAACAUCUUUAUUUAACCGUUCCGCUAUAUUAAUCAGGCCCCCAGAAAAGAACACUAGCUAUUAUUAUAGCAUUUAAUUAGUUUUGUAACCAAAUCCUCUUAUUACGAAUGCAUAUGGAAGAAAUUCUUUCUUCGAAGACAUUAUUUCAAAGAUUUGGUUACUGCAGUAGACUCUCUCUUUAAUUAAAUCAUUUUUUAGAAAGUAAAUUGUCUUUAACCUUUUUACAGCACGUUUUCGGAGCUUUUUCUUUUUAAUCCAAAGAGAUGAGCUGUUAUUGUCCCCGAAGAAGCCUCUGACAUCACAUUCGUAACAUCAAAAAUAAUUAUACUCCGUGGAAAUGUAGACCUUACUUAGCACGGAUUCAUCUGCUAGAAUGAAUGGCAACUCUAUGAUAUCUCCUGUGUUUAAGGGCAUGAUUUAUCGGAUAGGAAGUAUUUUUGUCUGCCCACUUCUUGAUAGAAUCAUUCCUUCGAUUUUGCAAAGAACUGUGUGUAAUUCACUAGAUGUGAAUUCAAGUGUAUCCUCAAUUCACAGGGCAUGGGCUGGCUGUUUAGCUUGGUUUAUAUUUGCAUUUUUUCAACUUUAUCUUAACUUGUCAGUUUCCCAGAUUGAAGAACAUGUCAAGUUCGUUUUUUUCUACUGACUGAUUUCUCUACUCCCCAGUGUUUUUGUCACUGGUUUGCUGAAACAGUAUUUACAUAGCUCCAUUGGCUCUAAAGCUCUUACUCCUUCUAACGUUUUGGAUUUUACAAGUGAAAUGAAAAUAGAAAAGAAAUAGAGACAAUCAAAUGCCUGGAGCUUAAAACAAAGUAUGUGCAACCUACCAUCUCACUUGAAAUUUAAUAAAAGAAAUAAUUAUGUAAAUAUAACAUAGAGUUAUAGAUUUAUAUUUUGUUCAUAACACAUAGUGUAAUAUAAGUUGUAUAUUUUCAUGUUUUGGUUUUAUGUUAUCAUUCAUGCCACAAUAAAUGAAAAAAAACAGGACUUGAUGUACUCUUUAAAAAAAAUACAAUGUGGGUUGCCACCAUCCUGGGUUUUUGGUUUGGGGAUUUUUUUUGUUUCUUUUGCAUUCCCCUUUUUCAGUAUUAUUGCCCUGCAAGGCACCAAUAAAACAGCAAAUGUGUUCUUUACCUA